AUGCUCCUGGCAUUCCUGCUUAUUCCUGUUCUGCAAGUUCAACUUGACAUUUUUCGAGAAACAGUGUGGAACAGCCACAGAAUUCCUCGUCAGAAAGACAUGCUGCUACCCGAUGGUGUUCCUGAUCACAUUUAUAGCUUUCCAUAAGAAUAUAAGUUGGAAGAAUGUGGUAAGCCUCACCCUUUUUAGAUAAAGUUCAAUAACCCCCCCUGCCCUCAAUGUGCCUGGAACAAUAAACGCCGUGUUGGGCUUAUUAGUGAGACUACUUAACUGUAACUGUUCCUACAUGUGUAUUUAAUAGGUUUUCCUGUGACAGAAGAGCAAUUAGCUGAGGUUGCUCAACAUUCUGGAGUUCUUGAAAUAGAUAACGACUUCCUUCCACCAGAAAUAAGAAGAAAAUGUGAAGCUAUUAUACCUUUUCCAGAAAAGGUUGAACCCUCUGAUUGUGCAGAUGCAUACUUGUAUUUAAGCAAAGAUUUCAUCAAAGUGAUCAAACACAGUGACUGUAAAAAUGAAUUAACAUAA